CAGGUAAAGAAGAGGAAGGCACCAUGGCAAACGCUUCAGAUCAGAAAGCGGAGUUUGUGCGAACAGGUUACGGCAAGAAAACGGUGAAGGUGCUGGUCGUCCGGAGGCAGGGAAGACAGCAUUCUAUCAUUGAGGUGAAGGCUGAUGUGGAGCUCACGCUCAAGUCACGCAAAGAUUAUCUAACUGGAGACAACUCAGACAUCAUCCCUACUGACACCAUUAAAAACACCGUCCACGGUUUGGCCAAGCUCAGAGGGAUAAAGAACAUCGAACAGUUUUCCCUGGAUAUCUGCAAUCAUUUCCUAACCUCUUUUAACCAUGUGCUGAAGGCCAAAGUUUACAUGGAGGAAGCUCCGUGGAGAAGGCUGGAGAAGAGUGGGGUAGAGCAUGCUCAUGCGUUUAUAUUCAGCCCAGAAGCUUACCGCUUCUGUGAUGUUGAACAGACUAUCGGUGGCAUCCCUGUGGUCCACAGUGGGGUGAAGAAUAUGAAGGUGCUGAAAACCACCCAGUCUGGUUUUGAAGGUUUCUACAGAGACCGCUUCACUACUCUGAAAGACGCCAAGGACAGGUUUUUCUGCACCUCUGUGUACUCGAGGUGGCGCUACAACAAGAUCCAGGACACUGACUUUGACGCUGCUUGGAAGACUGUGAAGGAGACGAUUAUUGAGAAGUUUGCUGGCCCCUAUGAUCGCGGGGAGUACUCGCCCUCAGUGCAGAAGACCCUGUAUGAAACUCAGGUUCUAGUCCUGGAUCGACUUCCUGAGGUGGAUGAAAUAGAGAUCAUCAUGCCCAAUGAGCAUUACUUCACCAUAGACAUGACAAGAAUGGGUAUUGUCAACAAUGAUGAAGUACUCCUUCCUCUGGAUAAUCCCUCAGGGAACAUAACGGGGACAGUACGCAGGAAGCAGCGAGCGCGGCUCUAA